UAAGUAUAAGAGGGCAGGCCACGGCUGAGAUUCCGUGACAGUCUGUCUGUAUUUUCAGAAAUUCAUUCUCCAACGCGCGCCCUCUCUCUCUCUCUCUCUCUCUCUCUCUCUCCCUUCUCGAAUUUUCUCCAUAGACUCUCUCUCUCUAGUUUGUACUCUCUGUAGCCACAUUUACGCUCUAUUGAUUCUUUGUUAUCCAUUCUAGGAAGAUCAAUACAACACAAGCAUUCGCGGAUUUUUUUCCAUGGCGUCGAUUAUCGAAUUUGCUUGGACGUAUCUAAUCACUCAUUUCAAUGAUUUUCAAUUGGCAUGCCUUGGAAGUUUCUUUCUUCACGAAAGUGUCUUCUUCUUGUCGGGAGUCCCAUUUAUAAUUUUUGAAAGGGUAGGAUGGCUGAGCAAGUACAAAAUUCAGACUAAGAAUAAUACCCCGGCAGCUCAGGGGAAAUGUGUCAAUCGACUACUGCUCUAUCAUUUCUGUGUCAAUCUACCAGUUAUGAUUUUAUCCUAUCCUGUCUUCAAAUAUAUGGGGAUGCGAAGUAGUCUUCCCUUGCCGUCCUGGAAAGUAGUCUCAAUCCAGAUUUUGUUCUACUUCAUCUUGGAGGAUUUCAUUUUCUAUUGGGGACACAGGAUUUUACAUACAAAAUGGCUUUACAAGCAUGUCCACAGUGUCCAUCACGAAUAUGCAACACCAUUUGGACUAACUUCUGAAUAUGCUCAUCCUGCUGAGAUUUUGUUCCUUGGAUUUGCCACAAUUGUUGGUCCUGCCAUUACUGGUCCCCAUCUGAUAACACUCUGGCUGUGGAUGGUUCUUAGAGUCCUUGAAACAGUCGAGGCACAUUGUGGCUACCAUUUACCAUUUAGCCUCUCGAACUUUUUGCCAUUAUAUGGAGGGGCUGAUUUCCACGACUAUCAUCACCGACUGCUGUACACAAAGAGUGGCAACUAUUCAUCAACUUUUGUUUACAUGGACUGGAUAUUUGGUACUGACAAGGGUUAUAGAAGAUUGAAAUCUUUGAAAGGAAACUAAAAGAGGAGGAUUUUUCUGGUCGUGGAGCAUCGCGUUGAAAGCUCUUAAGUAUUUUCCUCAGCACCUUGUGUGCAAUUACUUUUUUGUUCUGAAUUGCUGUUAUAAUAGACAUUGUAAUGUUAGAAUCAUUCUGAAGCUUGUUUUUCGACAAAUUUUAUUACAUUCUUUGAGAUCUUGCGUUGAUUUUAA